CAUGUGACGGACGAGGAGGAGAUAAAACAGCGUGUUCCGCUCCGGUGUCUCUGCGCUGAACACUUUCUGAUAGGUCCAGCUUUUUUUGUAGUUUUUUUUUAUAUAUUUAUGUGUAUUUAUUUUGAUACUAAAAACUAUAUAGUUUGAACUAUGGCUAGUUUAAGAACCCUGCGGAAACUGUGCCAACGCGCACAACAUCACGCGUGUAACCUUCAUGUGUCGGUGUCGAGGCCAGAAGCUGUGGUCAUCUCAGGCAAGAAGUUGGCCCGUCAGAUCCGUGAUGAGACACGUGUUGAUGUGGAGAAGUGGAUUUCAGCCGGCAACAGACGACCUCAUCUUAGCGUGGUGCUAGUGGGCGACAAUCCUGCCAGCCAUUCUUAUGUACUCAAUAAGACCCUUGCUGCUGCUGAUAUAGGUAUCACAAGUGAGACCAUAUUAAAGCCCUCUUCUGUCUCUGAGGAAGAGCUGAUGGAGCUGAUUGAUAAACUCAAUUCUGACCACAGAGUGGAUGGUCUUCUGGUGCAGUUGCCUCUGCCUGACCACAUUGAUGAGCGGCGUAUAUGUAAUGCAGUCUGUCCUGCGAAAGAUGUUGAUGGAUUCCAUGUGGUCAAUGUUGGUCGUUUGUGCUUGGACCAAUCCUCCAUGUUGCCAGCCACACCUUGGGGAGUAUGGGAAAUCAUUAAGCGUACAGGCAUUCCUACUCUGGGAAAAAAUGUAGUGGUAGCUGGACGAUCUAAGAAUGUGGGCAUGCCAAUCGCUAUGCUUUUACACACAGAUGGAAGACAUGAAAGGCCAGGAGGUGAUGCUACAGUUACUAUCUCUCACCGUUACACACCUAAGGAGCAACUUUGCCAGCACACAAAAAUUGCUGACAUCAUUAUUGCUGCAGCAGGCAUUCCCAACCUCAUCACUGCAGAUAUGAUAAAAGAAGGAGCAGCUGUCAUUGAUGUGGGCAUUAACAGAAUACAGGACCCUGUGACUGGAAAGGACAGACUUGUUGGUGAUGUGGACUUUGAAGGGGUACGAAAGAAGGCUGGUUAUAUCACUCCAGUCCCAGGAGGUGUUGGACCCAUGACUGUUGCAAUGUUAAUGAAAAACACUAUUAAGGCAGCGAAAAAUCUCCUUUUGACCCCUCCAGAGCGGAUGCGUAUGGUAGCUUCCUCCUAACAUCCCUCUUUACCAUGCUGCUUGUGUUUCAAUAGCUCCAAGUCCUAUUUUUGUUUACAUCAGUUUGUUAAUCACAACUCAAUUCAAGUGUUCUAUGGUGUGAACUAUUUGAAUAAGAGACUCCUUCACACAUGAAGACUGAAACACAUUUAUGAGAGCCUUGAUAAAUCACCUGAAUUGGAUGUGUUAAAUCGGGUGAAACAUCGCAGUACAUCGUUCUUCCAGGAGUCGAGGUCUUCACUCCAAAUCUAGAUAAGGUUUCAACUAUGUUACCUGCUCAUCACAGCUUGAGAGCUUUGCUGUUAGACCUUGUCUUUACAGCCCUUUCUAUAUAGUUUGUUAUACUUUGUAAAAAUAAAAUGUCAGUUGCAAAUACAAAAAUAUUUAUUUAUCUUCAAUGCAAGUGCAUUUUUGUACAGAAUCACAGUAUUAAAACUGUUACUUCCUUGUGACUAUUUAAUAAAGGAAGUACACUUGAACACUGCUGUCAUGUUAUACCUGCUGUACAGCAUGUAAUUUUGGAACAGUGAAAGGGAUACGUGAUCACUUUUUGCUCUAUGAGUCUUGAUAAACACAUGGCAUGUCAGAGUUCUGUAUGAGAAAUGAAGCUUUAAGUUAGCACUGCAGGUGCCUUUGUAUGUGCAAAUCAAAUAAAGUUUGAGUUACAUGUGA